AUGCGACCGCGCCUGGGACUACUCGUAGACGGCUUGAACUGCCUCGCGGCGCGGGUCGGCGUCGUCUUCACCUGCGCUCGCCGCGUCCUCUCCGGUAAAACCGACUCGGCGAUCGAGAUUCGCGCCGCCGCGUGCGGGACUAAUGGCAACAAGAUGCGGCACGACCCAGCAGGCGGCGGCGUUGUUCCUUGGCCCGUGCUGGUCGUCGCGCUCGCUACCUCACUCGCGUUGAUCGUUCUUCUCCACUCGCGCCGCGCGCCCAUGCCGCCCAUAUGCAUGGACGAGCUAGAAGUAGUGGUUCGCCCCUUCCACGACUUCCGCGGCUCGUGGCUGGCCUGGACCGCCGGACGGUUGCCGCCGCGCUGGCCGACCCACGGUGCGCCGAGUCGCGAUGCUAUGAACGGUUUAGAUUCGGAGUCGGAGUCUCGUCUCGCCGCCAUUUGCCGAGCUAGUUUGUGUCGGUCGCUGCAGGAUUGGGCUUCACAGGGCAAGCAGAGAGAAGCCGCCGCCAUUGAAACUCUUGCUCUCCACGAAUCGCGCAUGGUGGCGGAGGUAGCUCAGACGCAGGCGGCGGGGUCCUUGGGCGACACGCAAGAUCCGCCAGCGGCGGCGCAGAAUGCGGAGCGACUGCGAGUGCAGCAUGACGUGGCGCUUCUGUGCUCGGCGCCGUGGCAGCGCGCCUUGCAGGGCGGCGUGAACGAGAGCGCGUGGCUGCGGAGCGCGCAGCGGCACGGCUACACGAGCGCGGAAGCAGUGGCGCGCGGAAUGGAGUCCGUGUGUCGCCGCCUGCACCGCGUGCAGAGCAACCUGCUCGCCCACGGCAGCACGUGCCGGAACUGGCCCGAAACGUGCUGGCCCGCGCCUGGCGUGCCCUUCUCCCGCAGUGCAUUGCAGCGACUGGACCUGAGUACGCCAGGGCGGUACCUGGUGUUCGCCAUGUCGGAGGAGCAGCUCAGCAACGCGCGCACGCACCUCGUGGAGGCCGCUCGUGUGGCCCGCAUGGCCAACCGCGUGCUCGUGCUACCACUGGGGAGUAACAGCCGGAUAGACCUCUCGCACCCGCUGCCGCUCUGCUCCUACUGGGAUCUCACGCCCUUCGAUGCGGCGCCCUGGAUAUCACCGGAGCUCUUCCUGCUGCUGGCGCGCGCAGCUCUCAAGGAGCCCUCAGUGGGCUUCACCUGGGUCACAUCGCCCUACCUCAACCGCAAUCCCUUCGACUGGG